ACAUUAACCUCACUGCAAUCUUAGUUUUAAUGGAUUUCGAAUCCUAGUCGUCUCUUGAAAAACAUGUUCACAUCCUUCAAAAAUUACAUUAAGUAGAAGGCUAUCAUGUCAAAUAAAAUUUGAAAUAAAAGUCGUUGAACUUCAUGAUGGAGCGAAAUUCUUGUAUCCUUUUAAUGUUAUGCUCCUUUGCAUUUCUCGACAAAAAUUCUGUUGGGGCCCAAAAGACAAGAUUAAUAAAUGCAACCCUCAGUCAACUUAGUUAUUUCCCAUGCAUGGUCCAAAUUGUUAAAAAAAAUGAUGAACACGUCUGUGGGGGUUGCAUUUUGGAUGAUGAAAAUGUAAUAACAGCCGCUCGAUGUGUCAAGCCAUUCAGACAAAAUUGGAGUGGGACAGAAUUAAAAGUUCGUGGUGGCGACGUUAUUUUGCAAAAUUCCAAGUUACCGACUUUCCAAGUUCGUAAUGUCCGCAAAUUCGUGGUCCAUCCUGAUUUCAACGAGAAAACUUUAGAAAACGAUGUUGCUUUGCUGAAGAUAUCGGAUCCAUUCAUGCCGGCACCUAACCUGCAUGAAGCCCAAAAGGGAUUAAGCACACCACGGGGGCGCUGCUUUCUACCUGGUUGGCAAAAUAAUAAGGGGCUACCUACUUUGCACUUUAUAACGUUUUAUCCCACGGAUAUUGAUAAAUGUGAUCGACGACCAAAGAAAGCCAUAUGUGCCACAAGCCCAAUUCGUCAAGCAGCAUGUAAGAACUAUUUCGGGAGCCCAUUAAUAUGUGGGAAAAAAAUGCAUGGAGUAUUCAUAGGGCCAAAUGGGGCAUGUAAAGGUCGCCCAGCUCUUUUCACUGAUAUUACAGCCUUCGCCGAUUGGUUGGAACAAAUGAUUUAUCAAGAAGAUGAUCUCCCUCAUCCUAGUGGAAGACAAUAGGGAAGUAGUUUAUUCUUUUCAACAAUUAUCUUCAAUCUAUUGGGUGUGAUUUAAAUAAAAGAUGAUGUUGUGAUUGAACAGCAAUUCUUUCAUGAAAGGAUGUAAAUUGAGAUAUUAAUUUUACAUCAGAUAUCAAAAUAAAACAGAAUAAAAUUAAACAA